UCUUGUAGCUUUAUCGGGAAAUACAUGGUACGAUUACGUGGCUGCGAGUCAAAAGUCAUCGCGCAACAAUCCGUCGUGAACAAACCAUUGAUAGCGAUGGAUCGCGCAAAUGGAGAAAUAUCCAUUGCAAAUUAGCUCCUUAACAAGCGAAUGCGAUUUCGCGCGCUUAUUCACGGACGAUAGCACAAUUUUUGUGAUCGCCUGUUCGGCGAUCGUGUUGGUGAUUGCGAAACCGGCGCCGGAGCCACCGGUGAGCUCGUACUUCCCACCCUCCGGCGGGGGUGGCGUGUCCGGUAGCUACGGACCACCCCCUGACCGUUACGGGCCACCGCAGCAGAGUCCGGUGGUCCACAAGCAUGUAUAUGUCCACGUGCCGCCGCCGGAAGCGCCCGAGUACAAAGCGCCCAAGCACGUGCCGUUGCCGCAGCCGCCGCAGAAGCACUACAAGAUAGUCUUCAUCAAAGCGCCGACGCCGCCCACGCCGACCGCGCCGCAAUUGCCGCCGCUACCGCAACCGGAUGAGGAGAAGACGUUGAUCUACGUGCUCGUCAAGAAGCCGGAAGAAGCGCCCGACGUCGUACUUCCGACGCAAGCGCCGACGCAUCCCAGCAAGCCCGAGGUCUACUUCAUUCGCUAUAAAACUCAGAAGGAAUCGCAGGGCGGUGAAUAUGGUCCACCGGGGCAACAACCGGGACAACCCAUCGAUAGUUAUGGAGCACCACAUCCGGGUCCCAGCGGACCGUAUUAAAAUAAAUCGAGAAUCGUGUAUCAUACCGUCCUCGAAACUCGGCCACCUUCGCACGGAGACGGUUUCUCUAUCUCUUGGAGACUAUUCUCGAUCAUUUCUUUUUCUCACAAUGAUACGGACGUGAACCCGGAUACCCGGACACUUGGAUCUUAAUAAUUGUAGGAGGGAUGUAUAUAUAUCGCCUGUAUCUCGUAAGAUAGACCGCAUGGUCUUUAAAAGAUGCUUAAGAGGCAGACGCUUCGUGUUGCCAAGUCUACUCGCAUGCACAUGUAUAGAUACAUAUGCGUGAUCUUCGAAUAACUGGCCGAGUACCGAGUACGACCGAGAGCUCGUGUCUCUCUUAAAAAGAAAAAUGUAAAACAAAUCAUUUUAUAUACGAGACGUCGAUGUUUCUUUCGUAUCUUUUAAGAAAAUAAUAGUAAAUAUACAUUUUUUUAUAUCAACUUUCAGUAUUAUUACAUAUGUAAUCACCUCGUGUGUAUCGCCUUUCUCUAUUUACUAAUUUUAUCCUCUGUUUCGCAGAUUCUUAGGAUUGAGCUUCUCGUUCUAGCUUCUCUUAUUAAUUAUACGGUACGGAAUCGAAAUUAUAUUGAUAGAUCUAGAUCGCACUCGCAAGUCCUAUCUCGCUAACUACUUUCUUUUUUUUUCUACUUUAAACGAUAUUUCAAGUAAAUUUCGAGAAUCUGUAUCACUAGGAAAUGUGUCUUUCGCUCACAAUCAUUAUUAUGACUAAAUUUGCGACAAUUUGCCAUAACGAUUUUCUUAAAGACAUUUGAAAAAAAAAAAAA